GUCAUCUAUGCGGUGCCUAAAAGAGGAAGACAAGUUAAUAUUUAUUUUGAAAAUUUUCGCUGGCUUUCAUCCUAACAGCUGUUAGGAUGAAUCUGGGCGGCUGGAUACAUAGUUUUACGGUGACAGACACGCAACAACAUAAAGGCGGCUAUACAAUUUAUAAGAUAACGUCAAUUGUUUUCCCUCGCUCUGUUCCACAAGCGUUAACCUGUCUGGUAGUAUGGAAACGGUUUCAUGAGAUUAAGCGACUACAUCGGGAGCUGAGUCGCCGGCACAGGAGCAUGCAACUGCCGGGUAAUCUCCCCGUGCCAACAGAUAGCAGCUAUUUCAAGCGUUUCGAUGCAGAGGUGAUACAGCGCCGCAAGGACUACAUACUUCAGCUGCUAGACUUUGCCGCACAGCAUCCGGCGCUGUAUAAAUGCAAUUCAUUCACACAAUUCUUUAGCGAGGCGCAGUCACCAAAUGCUUCACCACUGCGCAAAUUGUAUGUAGAGCGUACGUUGAAGCCGCCUGGCAGUGGGGCCAUAGCUGAAAUAUGCGAUAAACUCGACUUGCCCUACGAUCCACACGACGCGGGAGGCAUUACGCCCCUGGACCCACGAUGCGACAAAAAAAGCGGCGAUAACGAAGAGCAGCAGCAGCAGCAGCUAAACAAUGAUAAGCAAGCAGUUAAAUUGGAUGCAAAUAAGUCUAAGCAACAAUAUGCUCGCCUGCUUACGCCAAUGGCCUCUGUCGAGAGCGAGGACAGCGACUACAUUUACGAGGCUGCCUUGGAGUUUAGUCAUGCUGUGCAGGCGGAGGUCAAUUUGGAGUAUGAGCAGGCGCACAAGCUUUAUAAGCAUGGGGUCGAGCUGUUAUUAAAUGGUUCUAAGCAUGACGGCAACGACGAUCGCAAAUUUAUAGCCAAGGCCAAGAUAGCUAAGUAUCUGGCGCGCGCUGAGGAAAUCCAUUCCAACUUUUUGCGUAAUGGCACAACGAAUGGCUCGAGUACACGUAAGCUGCAGUUUCAGCUUUCACUGGAUGAGGUGGACAAUGUGGCGCAGCUGGAGUGCCCCUGGAAUCAGCUGGCCAAGUACAAGGUGUUGCAGGUGCUAGGUCAGCGUGUUAUGUUGGUGCAGUGCAUCACACAGUCGCAUACUAUAGCGGUCAUGAAGGGCAUUGAAAAGCCCGCCAGUAAUACUCCAACGCAAAGCAUAUUUCUGCCGCAGCAUGUGCCAUAUAUGACGCAAUUGCUGGCAUAUUUUCAGUCGGAGCAAAAGAUCUUUCUGUUGCUCAAAUAUGCGGAGGGCGGUCGUCUGUAUGACUAUAUACAAAGCUAUGAGCCACAGGUUAAUAGAAGCAGUAAUUAUGCAGAGCUUUUCCCAGCGGAACAGCCACUUACAGCAGAUAGUGAUAUAAGCGACUUGUUACGCAAUUCGCAGCAGCUGCUCAAGUCAGUGACGCAUACAUUGAGCACCUUCCAAGCGGGUGCCCUAGCUCCCAAGCGAGAGCCUGCAAUGGUGCAACAUUUGCCAGAGGCUUGCCUACGUCAGUGGGCGUGUGCCCUGGCCAUAGCUAUACAUAGUCUGCACGGCAAGGGCGUUAUAUUGCGGGAUCUGCAUAUGGAGAAUUUGCUGCUUGGCAGCAAUGGUCAGCUAUUGCUUACGUAUUUCUAUCAACAUGAAGGACUCAACUCGGAUGACAACUAUGUGCACAAGGCGUUGAGCCUGGUGGCGCUUAAUGCGCACUUUGUGGCACCAGAGCGACCGCUUACUUUUCGCUCCGACUGGUGGAGUUACGGCGUAGUGUUGUAUGAGCUUCUUUUGGGUGUGUCCUUCAGCUCAACGCAUCCUGGCCGCCUGGAGCUCUACGGCUGUGUGCAGUAUCCUUCACAUGCUAUGGAGAUAUCGGAUAAUGCGCGCGAUCUGCUGGAGCAGCUGCUGCAGUUGGCACCAGAGCAACGCUUGGAUUAUGAACAGCUACAGACGCAUGCCUUUUUCGAGGGCAUAGAUUGGCAGCAAGUUUUUGCACAAGGCAAAGCGGGCUUUUAGCCCAAGAGCUGAAGAACAAACACAUGGCUUCAAUUAUUUAUAGCAACUAAAGUUCAAUUAGUAUUAUAAGCUAUUCCACUGUAUUAUUGUGCGGUUUUCUG